AUGGAUACCAAGAUUUCGAGUUUGAAUGAUCCGCCAAGGCUUUUGUCCGGGUCACAAUGUUUACAUGAUUUGAUCCGAUGGGAUGAACACAAAGAUUCUUGUGCAAUCGACUUCACUAGUCACGACAAACGAGAAAGGUAUCGUUACCAAGAUAUACAAGCUUGUGUGACAUCUCUUGUUACCCGAAUUCAAUCAGCGCUCAGAAGCCAUCACCCAUCCCAACAGCAGCACAUCGUGCCGAUAUUGCUGCCACAAUCUCCUGGGCUAUAUAUCUCUCAACUCGCUAUCUUGCAGUCAGGAGGGGCUUUUUGUCCUAUCAACCUCGAUGCACCGAAGGACAGAAUAAGAUUUGUCGUAGGCGACAUUUCUGCGAGUAUUAUAAUCACGACAUCAGAAUUCCGAGAGUCUGUUUCCUGGGAAGAUGGCCCCAGUAUCAUCGUCGUUGAUGAGUUUCCUGCGAUUCCAACAGAGCUGGAGGAUACCAACGAAUCACGUGAACCAAUCAGCAAUGAUCUUGCAUAUGUUAUGUACACUUCUGGCUCGAGCGGAACCCCUAAAGGAGUGGCAGUCAGUCAUUUAGCUGCAUCACAAUCUUUCUUGGCACACGAGAGUCUUAUUCCCAAAUUUGAACGAUUUCUUCAGUUCGCGGCACCAUCUUUCGAUGUUUCUGUAUUCGAGAUUUUCUUCCCUCUGACUAGAGGUCAAACACUGGUUGGAUGUGAUCGUAGUCAGCUUCUCAACGAUCUACCAGGCAUGAUUAACGAGUUAGAGAUAGAUGCUGCCGAACUCACUCCAACCGUUGUGGGUGCUCUGUUGCAGAAAAGAGCCUAUGUUCCUAAGCUAAGACUGCUAAUGACGAUCGGAGAAAUGCUGACGAGACCAAUCGUGGAGGAAUUUGGCGGGUCCGAUACAAAAGAAAGCCUUCUUUAUGGAAUGUAUGGGCCCACCGAAGCAGCCAUUCAUUGCACCAUCCAUCCAAAAAUGAAAGCAAAUGCUAAACCUGGAAAUAUUGGUGUGCCCUUUGAGACAGUGUCUGCGUUCAUAGCGGAAGCGGCUCCUGGCUCUGGGAAAGAACAGGAUCUUCGAUUUCUUCCCCAAGGCGAGCUUGGAGAGCUUAUAUUGGGUGGUCCGCAACUAGCAAAUGGUUAUCUCAAUAGAGAAGAGCAGAACAAGGCUGCAUUUGUCACCGUGGGAGACAAAAGCUAUUACAGGACUGGCGAUAAAGGUCGAAUCCUUGAAGAUGGAAGUAUAGAAAUUCAUGGUCGCAUGAGCGGUGGACAAGUUAAGCUGAGAGGCCAGCGCGUGGAACUUGGCGAGAUAGAAGAUGCGGUGUACAAACAUUCAGGCAUUAAGACUGUGGUAGCGGUCGUGCUAAGCGGGGUACUCAUUGUUUUCGCGCUCACAAAUGGAGAUGCAAUGCAUCCAGAUCAAGUACUGAGAACUUGCUCACAGUGGCUUCCGAACUUCAUGGUACCUAGCGAAAUUAUUCUUCUGCGAGAGUUUCCCUAUUUACCGUCUGGAAAGGUAGAUAAGAGAAGUUUGGAAGCAACCUACCAGCAACAACGUGAAGGAGGGGAUGAGCUCACUAAUUUCACCCAAAUUGAAGUAGCCGUGAGAGAGGUGCUCCACGAGAUGCUUGGUUCGUUCCCCUCGAAUAUGCGCUUGGCAGCAGUGGGCCUUGAUUCGCUUGUUUCUAUCAAGGUAUCUAGAGAUCUCCGAUCACGAGGGUUUAACGUUACCACUUUAGCAGUCUUACAAGCGGAAACUCUAAGCUCCCUUGUGAAGAUUUGCGAAAAUUGCCCCCAGGCUCCAAGUUCGGCCACGAUGAAGACGGCAAUUAUCAAAUCGGAUAUGCAUGCUAUGAUGAAUGGCGAUGCAAAUGAUAUCGAGAUCUCUUACCCAUGUACCCCGCUUCAAAAUGCAAUGCUUGCAGAGACUGCUAUUGAUCGGAGAGCUUACCAAAAUUGGGUUGAAUUGGAUAUAUUUGGAGUCAACGAUAUCGACUACCUCUGUACAAAGUUACAUGAUCUGGCCGAUCACAAUUCAGUUUUGAGGACUGGUUUCGCAGAGUCCUCCGAUAGUAGUGGAUAUAUACAAUUUGUUUGGAAGACGUUUCCAGACUCACAUAUUGAGACCGUGGACGCCUUUACCCAUGAUUUCGAUGUUUCUGAAAUUGGGUCACUUCAUCGUCCUGUAUGCUUCAAGAUCUGCCAAACAAAACCCUGCCUGAAACUAUUGAUACAUAUCCAUCACGCUCUUUAUGACGCCUGGUCCUUGGAUCUUCUUCUCGAUGAUUUGGAUUGUUUGUUGCGAGAUGAAACUCCAGUUUCACGUCCGCCAUUCGCAGAAGUUGUAAGCGGGUAUAUUGACGGCAGGCUUUCUUCUGAUUCUCAAGCUUCUAAAGAUUACUGGAAAGAUCACAUGGCACAUCUCGAACUUAGGCAUAUACCGUAUUUUCAUACAGAAAAGGUUGAAUCGGCUGGAUUGGCUGUUGCGAAUUAUUCAACUCAACUUUCAACAUUGAGUAUUGAAUUGGCCGCAAAACGCAUGGCUUCGAGUCCACAGGCUAUAUUCCAAGCUGCAUACGCUCUUAUUCUGGCCUCUUACUUGGGAACAUCAGAUAUUUGUUUUGGUACUGUUUUUUCCGGCAGAACCCUCCCUAUUGCCGGAAUAGAGGAUAUCAUUGGGCCAUGUCUUGCUACCUUACCAAUUCGCAUAGAUACAUCCGUAGCUACUAACCUACAGGAUCUGGUAGAAGAAUUAAACAGCACGAAUAGGAAACACCUCGAGUAUAGCACCCUCCCACUUCGCGAUAUCAAAUCGGUCAGUGAUUUCGAGCCACGCCAGCAAUUAUUCGACACACUCCUGAUAUGGCAACAGACUCUCCAUAGUUAUGAUCACAGACGAAAAAAUGUCUUACUUGUUGAUCAGGUUGACCAACUUGAGUUUAAUCUAACUCUCGAGGUAACACCUACUUCUAAUACCAUCCACUUCAAGGCAAACUAUCAACAGUCGGUGUUCCCAGAAUCCCAAAUAGACAUGCUUUUGCGUCAACUCGAAGAAACAACAAAAGCAAUCAUUGACCAUGCAGAAAAAUCACCCAACAAUGUUUUCAAUGAGAGUAAUGUUGGACUUCUCUCUGUAGAAAAUCCUACACCUAGCAUAGCUCUUGGAUUCGAGACAUUGAUAUCCCCAGUGGAACGAAUCGCAAAAGAGGAUCCUGAUCGUGCAGCGAUCGCAUUUGCCACCAGAAUUGAUGAGGAAAAUUCCGACAUCCAAUACAUGAGCUACGGUUCUCUCAAUGCUCGUGCAAAUCAAUUAGGGCAUUAUCUUUCUCAUCACGGCGUUUUCCCAAAUGAUAUUAUUUGCAUAUGUCUCGAAAAAAGUCUUGAAUUUUACACCUCAAUUUUGGCAACUUCGAAACUCGGUGCGGGUUAUCUCCCGGUAACACCAGAUAUUCCACAAGACCGGUUACAGCAUAUUCUGAGCGAAGGCAAGGUUAAGAUGUUGAUUGGGCAUUCUUCCUCACGACUACUUUUGGAGAAGUUUGCAGAGCAAGAAAUUGUCUACCUCGACGAGAUUGACCUAGAGCAACAUUCUAGAAAAGAUCUGAUUACUGCCUUUAAGCCGGAGAACAUCUCAUAUUGUGUCUUUACUUCAGGCAGCACUGGGACUCCAAAGGGAGUACUUGUCACACAGGGAAAUCUUUUGAGCAAUCUUGACGUCUUAGUGGAGAUCUAUCCGGCAACCAGGGAUUCUAAACUUCUCCAAUCAUGCUCUCAGGCUUUUGAUGUGUCUGUAUUUGAGAUAUUCUUUACAUGGAGGAUUGGCGGAUGUCUCUGCUUUGCCGUAAAAGAUGUCUUGUUUCGAGAUUUAGAACUUGCAAUUCGAGUUCUGCGCGUAACCCAUCUCAGCUUGACACCCACGGUUGCUGCUCUCAUCAACCCUCAGAAUGUCCCAAAGGUGGAGUUUUUGGUGACCGCUGGCGAAGCUGUGACACAAAAGGUGUUCAAUGCAUGGGCUAAUCGUGGACUCUAUCAAGGAUAUGGACCGAGUGAAACGACUAAUAUUUGCACUGUUAAGCCACAAGUCACCUCGGACGAUAACAUUCAUAACAUUGGCCGACCUUUCAAGAACACUUCAGCCUUUGUACUUGCGCCCAACACGGAGUUCUCUUUGGUUCCAAGAGGUGGCGAAGGAGAAUUUUGCUUUGGCGGUUCUCAGAUCUUCCGUGGGUAUAUGAACAGAACUCAGGAAGAGGGCAAGAUCAUUGAUAAUCCCAAAUACGGGCGUCUAUAUAAGAGCGGAGACUUUGGACGUCUGAUGCCUGAUGGAUCUCUUGUUUUCACGGGUCGAAAAGAUGAUCAAGUAAAGAUUAGGGGUCAGCGCGUUGAACUUGGGGAGAUUAAUAAUGUUUUGAUCUCAUCACCAGAAGUUAAGGAUUGUGUGACAAUGGUCAUCAAUAUCAAAGGUAGUUCGCAGCGCUUAGUAUGCUUUUUUACGUCCAAGUUCAAUGCCUCCGAAGAUCUUCUUCCUCUUGUUGUCGACCCUUCCAUUGUCAGCGAUCUUUACCAAAGACUUGAGGCGAAGCUCCCAAACUAUAUGGUGCCUUCAAAUCUGGUACCCAUCUCGAACCUUCCAUCAACAUCGCAAGGCAAGAUUGAUAAGCGUCGAUUGAUUAGCUUGUAUGAGAACUUCGAGUUGAAAUAUCUUGACUCGACCACUAGAGCGUCAAAGUCUUCCAAAGACCAUCAGUGGAAAGAAUUAGAGCUUGAAAUACGCGCUAUCUUGGGCGAGAUUUCAAAGACAUCGAUAGAAGAUAUUGAACCAGAUACGUCCUUCUUUAGCUUUGGUAUUGAUUCAAUUUCAGCAAUCGCAUUCGCAAGGAAGCUCAAUCAAGCAAUCACCAAGCAAGUCAAUAUUUCUGACAUUCUGAAAUACACUUCUGUAGUCAGGCUUGCAGAACACUUAUCAAUAUCUCAAAUUAUCGAAGAAGGUCACACAAUGUCGGUUGAUUCGAGCUUUGAACUCACUGAAAAGUUUUCAAAGUCGACUAUUGCCCAGUUUACCAAGAUAGGUAGAAUCGCAAAGAAGGUCACACCUUGUACGCCAUUGCAAGAAGCUAUGCUGUCAGCGGCCGAGUCUUCCUCAGGUGCUUCAUAUAGCAACCAUGUGAUGUUCAAUAUCUUUGGUGACCUCGAGAGGCUUCAUGGCUGUUGGCAAGAAAUGGUUCAUAGACAUGAAAUUUUGCGAACCUGCUUUAUUAGUACGGACAUGCAAAAGUUCCCUUACGUUCAAGUCGUGUUAGAAGACUUCAAGCUCGAAUUUGGCUCUCUCGAUUCUAGUACCUUGAAAGAUGCCAUCGUUGAGAUGGAGAUACACUCAACACGCAACGAAAGUACUCCACCGUACAGUAUCAACGUUCUUUACUCAGAUGGCGAGCAGCUUCUUUUAGUCUCGAUGCACCAUGCUCUCUACGACGGCGUUGCGCUAGCAGUUCUUUAUGAUGAAGUUGAGAAGUUGUAUCAUGAAAUGCCUUUGCCGCACCAAGUUUCGUUUACCCCAUUUCUACAGCACAUGAAAUCUGUGGACGUCGAAUCUUCCGAUAAAUUCUGGGAAUCUACUCUACAAGGAUACUACCCACUCCACUUCGAAAAUGUCUCGGAGAAGACCAAUGAAGUCCAGAGGAGUAGCACUCGUAUUCAGCAAGUGGUAGCAAAGACUCCUCUCAGCGAAAUUGAAAGCAAAAUCAAAAAGCAUAGUACUACACCUCUAGCCGCGUUCCAUACAAUUUGGGCUAGUACGCUGUCUGAGCUGUUCAAAACUACAGAUGUUUGCUUUGGCAAUGUUGUCAGUGGUCGCACAGCUCCGGUCGAUGGUAUAGAGAGACUAGUCGCGCCUUGCUUCAAUACUAUCCCAAGUCGACUAGGGGAUCUCCAUAAAUCUACUUAUCUUGAGGCUUUCAGAAAGUUACAAAAUGCGAAUGCCGAUUCUUUACCAUUUCAGUUCACUCCUUUAAGACGGCUCCAGUCUAAAUUCAGUCCAGAUGGCUCCCGCCUUUUUGAUACCCUUUUCAUUUUACAACAACCUUCAGAGGAACUCGACUCUUCCAUAUGGUCCAUUGUAGAAGAUAACGGCGCCAUGGAUUUCCCUCUUGUUUGCGAAAUUAUACCCAAACCCAGCAAUGAUACCCUUCAAAUUAUUUUUCAUUCAUCUACUUCAAUACUUUCAGAGAACGACGCAUAUAACAUAAUCAAAAUAUUCGAGAAUAUACUCGAAAAGGCUUUGGAAAAUCCACGACGUCAAAUCAUCUCAUCCUCCACAAGGUCGCAAAUCAUGGCUAUAAGUGAGGCAAGAGAAAAGAAAAGACGAGAUCUUACAAAGUCAGACUGUCAAGACAAAGUGAUGACGGGAGUGGAAUUAGAGGUUCGAGAUGUUAUUGCGGGAUUCACAGAUGUUCCUUUGGAAAAGAUCGGUCGAGGUGUAAGCAUUUUCAGAUUGGGUCUCGACAGCAUCAGUACUGUUCAGGUUGCGUCUCGCCUGAGAGCUCAAGGACACAAUGUUCUUGCUAGCGAUAUCCUUCAACAUCCUACUAUUGCUCAAGUGGCUUCUCAUCUUGAGCAAAGUCGAGCUUUCAAGAGCAAGGAGAUCAUUCAAUUUGAUUUUGCCGCUUUUGACCAAAAAUAUCGCGACUCAAUUUGUUCCGAAAAUGCACUUUUGAAUGUAAAUGUUGAAGCAAUCAGACCUUGUACAGCUGUACAACAAGGGAUGCUUGCUCAAAGUUUGCAUUCUAACGGACAUGAAUAUAUCAACAGCAUGUCCCUCGAAAUUUUACCAGACCACUCAAUGACAGGAGUCAAGGAUGCUUGGAUUAAAGUUUGUAAAGCUCAUGAGAUGCUUCGGACCACUUUUGCCCAGACCAAAGAUCCAGAAUAUCCAUUUGUAAUGAUUACAUCCACAAAUGAAUCCUUUGUGCUCCCAUGGUUUGAAAGCCGGGAACAUACACCUUCGGAGGAUAUUAAUCGUCUUAGGAAUCCAUGGAGCAUUACAGUAGAUCAAAAGGAGAAUAAAACUCUGCUCAUAUUCACUGCACAUCAUGCUUUGUACGAUGCUCAAUCUAUGCAGAUGAUCUUCUCGGAUUUUACGAAGUUAUUUCAUUGUCAAGCAGUGCUCAGCCGCCCUAGCAUCAACAAACUCCUAAGCUCAGUGCUUCAAGCAACUAAGGGCGAUCAAGAUGAAAAACGGGUGUUUUGGGAACAGCCUGAGAAUCGGGUCGUCGUCAACAAAUUUCCUGAUUUAACCCCACUGCGUGUCACAACACUUAGCAAUGCAAUUCGCGAAGUCAAGUCUUUGGCAUCGAUAAAAGAGCUCGAAAACAGAUGUCGAGACCUUGGAGUUACCAUGCAGGCAGCUGGACAAGCAUCUUGGGCGAGGUUGUUGAUGUCAUACACCGGAGAGAAUGUAACGACUUUCGGCAUGACACUUUCAGGUCGAUCUGUUUGUGAUGAUGCCAACAUGGUCACUUUUCCGACAAUCGUUACACUCCCGGUCAACUGUAACGUGACAGGAAGUAAUGGCGAGUUGUUAUCUAGAACCAUGUUAUCUAACGCUCAACUUCACAAGCAUCAAUUCACACCGCUGACAUCAAUUCAAAAAUGGUCUGGAUAUCCCGAGGGAAGGAUAUUUGAUACUUUAUUCGCGUACCAGAAAUUGUCCGAUGACAAGGAUGUAUUGAGGCCGCCAUGGAAUAUCGUCGAUGAAGACGCUACCGUGGACUAUGUCGUCUCUCUUGAAGUUCAACCUUCACCGUCAGGUGAAGUCAUAAUUCGAUUAUCUUUCAGAGAAGAUAUUAUACCCGCAGCACAUGCCGAGCUAAUGGUCAAACAAUUUGAUGCGUUACUCCUCGAUACGCUCAAAAAUCCAAAUCGUUCAUGCAAUAUAGCGCCCGAAGUCGGAACAGACCUACUCUCCAUAACUCCUGCACAGGACCCUGUCCUUCCCGACUCUGUAACCCUUCUGCAUCAGUACGUUGAAAGAGGUGCCAAAACAUGGCCAGAUAAGGUCGCGUUGGAAUUCGCGACUUGUCUCGAGCCAGGCAAUUAUCAGAGCCGGAAAUGGACAUAUGAACAGUUGGAUGGAGAAGCCAACAGGGUCGCUCAGAUGCUUCAUACACGUGGCAUUUCCCCGGGCGAAAUCAUCGCUAUUUGUUUCGACAAGUGCGCUGAGGCAUCAUUUGCAAUUAUUGGUAUUAUGAAAGCAGGCUGUGGCUAUGUUGCAUUAGACCCCAAUGCUCCUGCUGAUCGCUUGAAGUUCAUCGUGGGAGAUUCUGCCGCGAAGUUGAUUAUCACAGCAGGAAACCGGGCACAGACUCUGAGAUCGUUUGUAGAUGAGGAAAUGAUUGAUCUCACGGAUCCGACCAUACUUCAUGAAUUUGCAUCUGAAGCACCCCAACUUUCGAGGGAAAUCACUCCCCAGGAUAUCUCUUAUUGUCUUUACACAUCUGGAACAACCGGGACGCCAAAAGGAUGUCUGCUCACUCACGAAAAUGCUAUUCAAGCAAUGCUCGCAUUUCAAAGAUUGUUUGAUGGUCACUGGACCACAGACUCCAAGUGGCUACAAUUUGCUUCUUUCCACUUUGAUGUUAGUGUUUUAGAACAAUUCUGGAGUUGGAGUGUAGGAAUCUGUGUAGCUUCAGCUCCUCGAGACUUGAUAUUCGAGGAUAUCCCAGGCGCCAUUCAACAACUAGGCAUCACGCACAUUGAUCUAACACCAAGUCUUGCCCGCCUCUUACAUCCAGAUGAUGUCCCAUCGUUGUGUAAAGGCGUUUUUAUCACUGGUGGCGAGCAACUCAAGCAAGAAAUCCUUGACGUAUGGGGCGAACAUGCUUGCAUUUACAAUGGAUAUGGACCAACUGAAGCUACCAUUGGUGUGACCAUGUAUCCUCGAGUACCAAAGAAUGGCAAACCUUCCAACAUUGGCCCUCAAUUUGAUAACGUAGGAUCAUUCGUUCUCAAACCAGGCACAGAGUUGCCAGUCUUAAGAGGUGCUAUUGGUGAGCUUUGUGUCUCCGGAAAACUUGUUGGAAAAGGAUAUCUCAAUCGCCCAGAACUUACAACGGAAAAGUUUCCAACUCUUAGCAAUUUUAAAGAGCGGGUAUAUCGUACUGGAGAUCUCGUACGCAUCCUGCACGAUGGUACCUUCCUUUUUCUCGGUCGUGCUGAUGACCAAGUCAAACUUCGCGGACAGCGUCUAGAGCUCGGUGAAAUCAAUGAGGUCAUCAAGAAGAGCAGAAACGAUCUCGAAGAAGUAGUCACGUUAGUCUUAAAGCACACAACUCAAGCCAAAGAGCAGCUAGUCACUUUCUUUGUCAUUUCAGGAAAGAAUGAGCCGGAUGAUAGUGGAGUAGUUCCCUUCAUUAGAGAUGCUUGCAAAUCGCGACUUCCGGGAUACAUGAUCCCUACACACUUCAUUCUCAUUAAAGCACUUCCACUCAAUGCAAAUAACAAAGCAGAUUCUAAACAGCUCGCAGCAAAAUUCAACAAUAUGAGGUUGGACCACCUUUUUAAUUUGAGUCUCUCGGGGCAAAGUCAUGCGGGAUGGACGACACCAGAAAAGUCAGUCCUCGAAGUUAUUGUCAAGGCGUUUCCUGUCGAGGUUUCCGAUUUGACACGAAGCUCGAAUGUUUUCCAACUCGGUCUCGACUCCAUUUCCAUGAUUACUUUCUCUCAAUCCUUACGAGAUUCGGGAUAUAGAAAUGCCACUAAUGCCACUGUGAGAAGCAAUUCCACAAUAGGGAGAUUGAUCGAAGCACUCCUUAUUGCAAAGCCAAAUGAGGGCAACGAGAAUGCACAUUUAACUGCAGCUAGACUGAAUAUCUCUUGGUUUUCACAAAGGCAUACAUUGGCUAUUUGCAAGGAGCUCGGAAAUGCAUUCGAACAGAUCGAAAGCAUUGCACCUUGUACUCCUAUCCAGGAAGGAAUGAUCUACAAGUUUCUUGAAAGUGAUGGCCAGUUAUAUGUCAACAGACUCCAGUACAGGUUGAAAUUGGGGGUUUGUCCGAAGCAGCUCGCUGCUGCGUGGGAUCGUGUCGUUUCUCAUCUUCAGAUACUGCGGACCAAGUUCGUUUUGACAAAUGAUGGUUUUGCUCAAGUGGUUAUCAAGUCUGUGUCAUCACCACAAGGAGCAGCAUCAAGAGCCUGGAAAGGAACAACAGACAUUCUUAAGAGCCCGUGGUCUUUUGAGGUUGCGGCAUAUGGAGAUCACCAUGACUUGAUCUUGAAAAUUUUCCAUGGGAUUUAUGAUGGAAACAGUCUAGGUAUGAUAUUGAAUCAUUUUUCCGACGAAUUCCAUAAUGUACAAAAUAUUCAAUAUGGGCCAGCUUUCCAUUCCGCACUGCCACAUGGACCAUUGGGAAUAGUCUCUGGAGAGGAAACCUUUUGGAAAUCUCAUUUGAAAACGUGGUCUCAUCAUUCGUUACCUCAUCACUACGAAGACGAGGGAAACUUUGUGUUCAAACAAUUAAUUGAUCUACACGACUUUGAGAGUACACGAAAAGCUCUAUAUGUUGCGCCGCAAGCUACAAUUCAAGCAGCAUGGAUCUCAACUCUUCAAAUGGUAUUCUCUUUACAUACAGUCGGAAUCAUCAUGUCCGGUAGAGCAAUGGAUUUUGAAGGAGUCGAGAAAGUUGUCGGACCUCUUUUUAAUACUGUGCCUUUCCAUCUCCCCAUCAAAUCUGGCACCCAAAUGCCUUCUUUGAUAAAGGAAUGUCAUCGUAUCAACAUGAAGAUGCAAGACUUUCAGCACACUCCUUUGAAACUCAUCAGGAAAUGGAGCCCAGCUGGAAUUGGCGGACAACUUUUCGAUACCCUUUUUGCGUUUCAACGUGCGGAUGUUAACGAAGAACGAUUUUUGAAUAGUCUGGGGAGGGAGAUUGAUGCUUUUGAAACUAAUGUUGCCGAUUAUCCAUUAGCACUCGAAGCUACUUUGAACCACGAUAGUACUAAGCUUUUGCUGAAAAUUGCUGCCAAGACUUCGGCUGUUCCAGAAGUCAUAGCGAAGAAUUUACUCAAUGAGAUGGAUUACACGAUACAAUCUAUUCUCAGUGGCAAAAGCAGACCGACGAUAGUCCCAAAGAUUGAACCAGACGACCAGCAGAAUUUGGGCGUCAAGUCAAGUUUGGAACCACCUCCCUCUGUCUCACAGUAUCAGCUUGUAUUUUCAAUCCUAACAAUUCAGCAACAAGACAUUGUUUGUAGUGAGGUUGCAAUCCUGGCUAAGGUUGAUAAGAUACAUACCCAUGAGCCCAGAUCUAUUUUCGAACUUGGACUUGAUAGCAUUGAUGUAAUCAAGCUAUCCUCACGACUACGUAAGAAUGGAAUUGAACUAUCUGUCAGCGAGAUAAUCAAAUGUCAGAUCAUCGCCAAAAUUCUAGAAAAGGCAAGACCUUCAGAAGCCAAAAAAGUCAUAUCUCCAUCUAUCGACAACCUUAUGAAGAUCAGUGAACGUCUUGACAGGGGUUUAAGGCCUCUCAUCACUGGAAUCAAGAUUGAACGAAUUUUGCCAGCUACACCUUUACAGGAGAGCAUGUUGAAGGAAAUGGUUGAAUCAAGAUUCAAACGCUAUUUUACUGUCCAGGUUUUUAAACUAAACAAAACGACCGAAGCGACAAGGUUGAUGCGCGCUGUGGAUAGUGUUAUUGAAAAGUCGCCAAUCUUAAGAACUACGUUUGUGUCAGUUCAAGACCCGCAAUCCCCCCUGAGUUACGCACAAAUUGUCCAAAAAGAUUGGCCAAAGUUAUCUGAUUCGCCACCGAUAAUAGGGAAUGGACUUACGACUGUGGAAGAUCUCUUAGAAACUGUGAAGAACGGAUUAAAAGACUCUUGGGCAUCGUUGGAGGAGAAGUUGUUCCUGAUAAGUCUCGUAUAUUGCGGAAAGAUGCGGUUCAUAUCUAUGGCAAUAUCACAUGCACUUUACGAUGGAGGAUCACUGCCAAUGAUACACAAUGAUAUUGGCAAAGCGUACCGGGGCGACGAAAUUACUGAGCGACCUUGCUAUAUGCCGUACCUCGCAGAGGUUUUCAAUUCUGUUACGGAAGAAGCAAAAGACUUCUGGAAGGCCACACUUUGGAAUUCGCCACCCUCAAUAUUUCCAAAACAGGAACUAUCACCAACGCACGAGCACACCACUCAUCGACAUGAAAAAGUGUCCGGGCUUUCAUUACGGGAAAUCAAAACCUUUUGUCGCUCUUCGAAUAUUACGUUACAAACACUCGGUCAAACAUGCUGGGCUGUCGUUCUUGCAGAACUCAUGGGUCAACUCGAUGUUGUAUUUGGUGCGGUGCUUGCUUGUCGUGAUACAGCCGAAGCUGACCAAGUAAAUUUCCCGUUGUUCAAUACUGUGGCAAUCCGAUCGGUUCUUCGUGGAACCCUGGAUCAAAUGCUUCAGGAUAUGCAAGAGAAGAGCGUUGCAACCCGUCAGUUUCAACAUUUCCCCCUCCAGAAAGCUCAAGCAUAUGGACUUGGAUCUCGAGAUGAUCCCACGAAAGAUACCACUCUGUUCGAUACAUUGUUCACAUAUCAAGGUGUUAGGCCCAAGAAGGAAGAAUUUCCGUUGUAUACAUCGUGUGAUGGCUCUUCAGAUGUCGAGUUCGCAAUCUGUGUUGAAAUGGAGAUUGAUGAUGUAUCCGAUUCUCUUUACUGGACAUCGGCUUGUAAAUCUGUGGCUAGAAACCUGGAGCAGAGCAAAGACAUUCUCGACACUCUAGACAUGAUCCUCGGAAGAAUCAUGAAGAAUAAGCAAGAACAGGUUUUUACGAUACACCCCGACGGAAUCUCUAUAUGCGGAUUUCCAAAAUUUCAACCUCGAGACAUUGCCCGCCCUCAGAAACAAUCAAAGGUCACUCCCCCGAGUAUAGAUUGGUCCAACGUCGAAUUAAAGCUUCGGGAGUCAAUCUCUGUCCUUUCAGGUCUGCCCAAAGAGGAUAUUUUCAGAGAAUCCACGAUCUUCCAGUUGGGUUUGGAUUCAAUUACGGUACUCAAGCUUCCAGCACUUCUCAAGAAGCACAAUAUUCAUCUUAUUGCCUCGGAAAUCAUGAAAUAUCUCACGAUCCGUGAUAUCGCCAAUUACCUACUUGGGAAACAAGAACCACAGAAAGACGCUCCUAUCGAUGUUGAAACAAUCAUCGCUAAUUCUAUGCUGCCUAUCAACCAAUCCUAUCUUGAUGGUUUGCAAGCUUCUGUGGGUCAAAUAAAAUACGUCAUGCCAGCAACAGCAGGACAAAAAUAUAUGAUUAAACAUUGGCAGAACUCGCAAGGAUGUCUCUUCUAUCCAACCUUCAAAUUUAAGUUGUGUGAGAGCGUUGACGCACAUCGCCUCGAUCUUGCGUGGUUUAAGUUACUAUCUGAUUACGAUAUUCUACGCACUGGUUUCAUUAUUUCAGACACAGAUUCAAGCAUUGCUCAGAUCGUUUACCAACAUCCAACAAAUAAGAUAAGCUAUCGAAAGGAGCCACCUAUGGUUGAGGAUUUCAUGGAAUUCUUGGAUCAAGGACACCUCGAAGACCCACCGGUGCGUCUUUUUGUCACUAGCAGGAGGACAUUGUCAGAUAAUCUGAAUCCAUACGUUACGCUGCACCUGGUUAUUCACCACGCUCUCUACGACGGCAUAAGCAUCUCGUUAUUAAUUGAGAAGUUAAUAGGCUUUUAUGAAGAUCCGAAGUUGAUGUCCAUGCCUGCGGGUGUUGAAAAUAGAUGGAAGAAAUUUGUGGCGACAACAAUUCAAGAGAAGAAUGAACAAUCCGUGAAGGAACAAUGGAUAGAGUAUCUCGGUUCUGCUUGUAACAACAACAAGCUUUUCCGAUUUUCUCCGGAGCACAAUCUCACCUCUGUAUAUCAACCUGUCACAGAGGGAAACGAAGGGCCAAAACGAAUCGAAGUUUUUAUUCCGGAUUUACCAGCAAAACGUCUCAAGUCACUUGCGCGGACUGCGGGCGUGUCGAUUGAUCAUUUAUUGAUCGUCAUGGCAUCCAGACUCAUCAGAAGGCGGCAACAACAGAAGAAUGCUGACGCUUCUCUCUAUGCAAACACAAAUGGAGAAGAUACAAUCGUGGGUCUGUAUCUUGCGAAUCGCUUUCCUUUUUCCACGGAUCUUUCGUCAAUGUUGGCUCCAACGCUUAAUUUGUUACCGAUCAAAAUUAUGGAAGAGAGUGUGGAUUGUGACACGCCGGUGGAGGAGUUGGCUAGAUGUGUGCAGAAGGAUUUGGGGAAGUUUGGGGUGGGGGGGUGGCAAGUGGGAGAGGACGGAAAAGCGGGCGAGGAUAAUGAUAAGGAUGAGGAGAAAGUUGUGGAGAAGGAUAAGCAGGCAGCGCAGAGCCAGAUGAUUCCAGCUUCCUUUCCAGAGACUCCCGCUCAAGAAGAAUCAGAGAAGGUAGGACUUCUUGAACCGCUGGUGGAUAGGGAACCUUAUGCGAGAGCGGUUCAUACGAGGAUAAAUAGGGAGGUGGAGAUUAAGCAGGAUCAUGGGGCGUAUGUGCCAUCAAUCGAUAUAGAAUUAAACUAUCACCCCGACACUGAAACAAUCGAUUUCGGCAUUUUUGGUCCGCUAGAUAUGAUUGGUUUUGAGGAGGCGCAGGAAUGGGUUGUGCUUUUGGAGUCGCAGGUUUAG